ACUGAAUUUUGGAACUGAAAUUGAAUGAAACCACUUCAGCUGAGGAUGGAUGUGAGGGACUCUGAGGAGGACAGAGAACCGGCACUUCUCUCAUUCUAUAAACAGCAACAAGAAUGGGCAUGUCCACUUCAUUGUACCCUUGAUGGUGAUGCUGCUGUUGGACAAGGGGUGAUGCGGUACUUUGUGACAACAAUAAUAUCCAAACUCCAGUUUGGAUUCAGAGUAGAUCUUGGAGGAAUUAGUCGAACACUGCUAUUUGAAGGGUGAACCGGACCAUCUGGUCCCAGCAACAUCAGAGGUACUUAUCGAGAGCAGCCUCUUCCGGGUUGCAGGAAGGAUGUUGGCCCACACCUUUUUGCAUGAUGGUCCCCGUGUCACAGGAUUAAGUCCUGCAAUAAUUCACGUGCUGUUUAAUGGUGACCCGGAAUUGGCAACUAUUGUUAUAGAAGACUGUCCUGAUCUGCACAUCAGGAGCAUCAUACAAAUGCUUGAACUCGAAGAACUUACUCAGGAACAGCAAGACACUGUCUCUGAUCGUUCCCUGUCUUGGGAUUUCCCAGCAGUAAAUAAAACAAAUCGGAGAUGGCUGCAUAACAAACUUCUAGUGCAUGCGGUUAUUGGGAGAACCAUGCGCCAACUCAAACAGCUGAGAAAGGGAAUCAAAGAUGUCAUGGUAUGGCCCCUGCUGACAAGUAGGCCAGAUGUUGUCCCGCUUCUUUUCCCACGAAUGGCAGAAAUGCAGUUCACACCACAGAUGGUAAUAGACAAAAUCACAUGGCCAGCUCAGGAUAGUGAUGAAGAUGAGGAAUUUGAUGUUGAGUCUAUGUGCCGCAUCACUGGAUUUCUACGGAUCUUCAUUGAAACGGCUUCAUCAAGUAGACUGGCCCAACUGAUGAAAUUCUGGGUUGGCUGGGAGAUGCUUCCUCCUGAACUCAAUGUGGAGAUCUCUGGGGGCACCUUUCCAACAGCCUCUACGUGUUUUGAAAUGCUAAAGCUGCCAGCUCGUUUCCAGACAUACCAAGACUUCGAGGAAGCACUUAUUUCUGCAAUAAAUAGUGCACAUACAGGUUUUGGACUGGUUUAAGAAUUUUCAGGCUGAAAAUUCGCCAUGGUUCAA